UUGUUUUUUGCCGGUUCGCGGUAUUGUAAACAACAUAUCGAACUGGCCAUACCGAAACAGUUUCAAUCAGCAGCAAUUCAUUUUGUGUAUUCUAUAAAACUUUAAGUAUGAUGUUCCGCCCAGCUGGAUACUCCGAUUCAGACGAGGAUUCAAACUUUGGUUAUGAUUUUGUCUACAGUAAACCAUCCGAGCCAAAACCCAAACGGAGCUAUUCUCCUCCAAAAGUAACUGAGAAUUUUGAUGAUGUAUUGUACAAUGCUGUAAAUGACGGGAGGCUGGACGAAGUCAAACGUGUCUUAGAGCGGGAUAAUUACUUCGUGACAGGAUGUCUGCGGCAUGGUUGGCCACUUCUUUUGUUAGCUUGCGGCGAAGCCCAAUUUGAGAUAGUGCGAUUCCUACUAGAAGAAAAACGCGUCGACGUUAAUCAGGCCUGGAUGCUGAGAACGGCACUGAUGGCUGCCUGUGAGUCUUCCCGUGACCCGGUGGACGUUUACAAGGUGGCGAUCCUGUUGCUCGAGUUCGGGGCCGUUAUAAACUGUAAAGAUAACUACGGAAUGACGCCUCUGAUGUUCGCCAUUAAAAAUGGUCACACUGAGGUUGUAAAGUUGAUCAUCGAUCAGGCCUCGCUUGAAGCGACUGAUAAUGAGGGAUUUACGGCUCUAUUUCACGCUGUUAACAAUCAUCGCACUGAAAUAGUCGAAAUGCUUCUGAAAGCGGGUGCCGCAACGGAUGUUAUCAAUCGAAGAGGAUUUACCCCUAAGCAGGAGGCAGAAUUUAAAGGUUACCUAGAUAUAGUCAAUUUAUUUCCCGCCGCCGAAGAUGCGUACGACAUUCCUGCCAAGUACCUUUACUACUCUAACUAUAAGGAUAUUUCCCAGGGCGAAGGAGAAGAGGAAAUGCCUGGUUAUUCUCAGGAGAUCGGACUGCUUUUGUUUGGGAUGAACAGCGAGCGGCACUUGAAAACGUUCGCUAAGGAGAAUUUUGAUUUGAUGCGGUUUCUGACAUUGACGGAUGAGAAGCUCAAAGAGCUGGGGUUCAUUCUACCGUUCGAGAGGAAAAAGAUUCUGCACGGAUUGUUGAAAUUUCAUCAGCACGACUGGAAAAAAGGAAGUUUGAGGAAGUUUCCUAAGGAUCACAAAUAUGAUCGGGAAAUAUUACGUUUUACUGGAGGACGUACAGCAGAAAUACAACACUCCACCAGGAAGACAAUUCAACGUCGAUAAAACAUCAGUGAUUCCAGUGCAGGCCAAAAAUUCCAAAAUCCUAGCAAUGCGGAGGGAAAGGCAGAUGAGCGCAGGGUGCUGAGCAAGGAAUAACCAUUAUAGAAUAUUCCACAGGACACCUUAUGUUGCUACUGUGGGACACAAUUCAGUUCCUCUACGGAUGGCGAUAAACGGAAUCAAUGCUAUCGAUGCACAAAUAUUCUCUGUUUCUGAUUGGAGCAACGUAAAAUUGUAGUCCAAUCACUUUGAUCACAUUGUUAUUUUUUGUACAUGCAAACUGAAUGGAAUCCAAUGAAAUACACGUAUAAGUUGCAAAAUAGAAUAAGCUUUCGUUUUAUGAACUCGUUUCGUUAUUCCCCUACGAAAGCAUGCUUAAAUUAUUGUCAUAUUGCCCCGCAUGGUGGCCCAUUUUGCCCCGUAGUGUUUUCGAUCGAUGAAAAUGGAACACAUUUUUAAAAGUGUAAUUUUCCCACAUAAAUCUUUUUUAAAACGUAUUCAUACAAUCUACAUCGAUCAAUAAGGUUCCAAAUUGUGAGAUUUUAAUAUGUAGCAUAAUUUAUAGAUGUUCCUACAUGAUUUAGGACGUUUCGUUCUUAGGGGGACCAUAUUGCCCCUAUCUACCCUAUAUAGAAGUUGUAUAUGCAUAUGAAAUGAAAUUCUGAUCACACGCGAGCGUAGCAUGAGCAAAUUUAUAACACACUAGCUGACCCGGCAAACUUC